AUGAAGGCCUUCCGCUCGACCCUUUUGGCGUACGUCUGCUGUGCUAAUUGGACGCUGUUUCCCAUCUCUCCAGCGGAUGCAAUCGACACUGUCGUUCCCAUUGAACACCGCGUCCCGGAACCCCAUAACCCCGAAACGACUCCCAAUGCAAUUGCAACGCAACACGCUCAAGACGAACCUCUGGACGCCCACACUGCAAGUGCCAGUGCACCGAGCAGCACCGCAGUCGACACACUGCAGCCCUCUGUUGAAAAAACGAUUCGCGUCGUUCCCAUCGGGACGAAACCGUACGUCGUUGGGCUUCGCACGACACGGGACGGCAAUAGCUGGUGCAGUGCGUCGCUCAUCACGCCCACGCACCUCCUCGCGGGCGCGCGCUGUGCCUGGGGCAACCUGCGCUGGGCCGCCAUCGGCUCGCACUACCGCAAUGGCACGCAAGACGGCGAGCAGAUUCGGAUCGCAGCGAUCCUGAACAAUCCCGACGCCUCGGCCUUCACCUUUACCAAUGACGUGGCGAUCCUCGUGCUCGAGCGACCCAGUGCGUUUCCACCGGUUGCGUUCGCAACGGCGCAGGAUCCUGCGGUCUACGACGGCGAAUGGCUCGUGAAGAUGGGGUGGGACGACACGGGCGGCGAGUUGGACGUCAUGACGUACGAGCUGAGGCGGGCGGACGUGCAGGUGAUGAGCAACGCCGAGUGCCUGAAGCAAACAAACGUGGACGACUCGAUGCUGUGCUCGCGCAGUGCGGCUGGCGAAGCCGCGUGCACAGGUCAUUUUGGUGGCCCUGUGGUGCGCGAGGCGCCCAGUGGCGACGUAGUGGUUGCGAUUGUGAGCUGGGGUCCCGACUGCACGAAACUCGGCUUCCCCAGUGUCUACCAGCGCGUGUCCAGUUCGCUCGCGUGGAUCGAAUCGAUCGUCGGUCGAAAGUGCACGACACAGCCGUAG